CGCGAAUUUCAAGAUGGCGGAUUCAACGAGGUCUUAUGGCAAUGAACUUGAUCAUCCAGAAGUUCUUUCUAGAGAGAGACUAAUAGAAAUUUUAUGCGAGAGAUCUAUUCUUCUUCAAGAUCUUGUUGACUUAGAAAAAGGCGAUCUUGUUCAGCUCUUCUAUAGAUAUGUCACACCUUUACCUCAGAGACUUCAUCAGCUCCGUAGGGCAAAACGAGUGGCACCAUCUGGCAAAGAACGCGUCACAUCACAGGGCAGAAAGUCUAAAAUAAUACGGUUGACGAAACGGUAAGAGUUCUUUUAACAACGAAGCUGGAGAAAAAUGGUGAUAUCAUCAGUUCACCAUCACGGCUUUAUGUUGUCGGCGGCCACAGUGAAUGCCUAUAAAAAGCAGAAAAGUUUGAGUUGUUUGACAAAGCUUGCGUGGGUCACAUACAUCAAUUUCCAGUCGUUUCACCAGAAAGUCGACAGCAGUUCACCAGACUGACUUCAAUUUGCCCGAUGUCAUUAGCUUGUUGCAAUCAAUCGUAUUUGCGUAGAAACCUUUAGAAUUUCAAAUUUCUGUGCUUACCAGCCUUAUAAGGUGAACAAAGGACAAAAAUUAUUGUACAGUCGAAGCUCUCCUUGCGACAAUAGGCCAUUUGCAAUAAGAGGUCAAGUGACAUCAUUUUUAUGAAAAUGAAAGUUAUCUGAUUUUGCUUUCGAAAAACUAUAAGUGAGUCAUAUCUUAAACAAAAUAAUAGUGAUUUGGUUUUUCAAACCCGCACCAUUUUCUUAAAAUGGGUAAGUUCAUAGCUGGUCACGUGACCAAAAUGUGAUUUUUAAAAUUAUGAAUUACCUCUUUCUGAACACAAAUUUUGCACUUAAACUUCACGGAAAAUGUUGAAAAGAUGAUGUGCACGUGGUAACGUUUACAGCACAUCUGAGCAUAAGUAUUAAACGUUUAACAAGAUAUAAGCAAAAAGUAGUUUUGGCAGCCAUGUUGGAGGCCAAGAGUAUGCCCUCCAACAUGGCGGCCAAUGCAAAUGAUACUACUUUGUUAAAAAAUCAAACUGGCGUACAAUAUCUCCCUUAAAUAUGUUUCCUCUCAACUUUCGGGUGUAAGAUAAUCUUUAUGAGCUCUGUCAAUUUUUGGCACCAGCAAGAUUCCAACUUAUUGUUUAAAGGAAGCACUGGUCACGUGAUCUCUUAGUGCAAGUGGCCUAUUCUCAUGAGCAAGCAGCCAUAGUUUCAACCAGUGUUGUGAAAUGCCGUUUGAACUGACUUAAGCUCUGUAAUGAAAAGCUCUCAUAACGAAGCAGUGUGCAAGGAGAGUAGUGUCCAAUAGCCUGGGGCUAGUGGAUUUUGCUAUCGGGCUAGUGAAUUCUGUUUUUCACUUACGCGACGGGCAAGUGAUGCUUUUUGAGGAAUUCAAAUAACAGAAGAACUGUGAAAUCAAUUCUGCUAGUCAAAAAGUUUUUGGGGCUAGUUGAAAUGACGUCUGAGCUAGUAAAUGCCAGCUUCAGCUCGCCCGAAUGGCAAGUCAGUUCAGUCAACUCGAGUUGAUUAGAGACAACUAAAACAACUUGCCAACUUUUGUAAGAUUUAGGAACAACUUGAUUAUAGGGUUUUGUUUAUCAUUAGUUUCAUGACAGUCACUUAGAUAUUGUGCAUGUCAUUUAGACCAAAUUGUUAGUUUUUGGUGAUUGGCGGCGCAUCAUGAAACAUCCCUCAUUAUUAGGUUCAGUACGUUGUAUCCUAGAUAAACCAAGGAAACUUGAUAGGCUUCAUCCAUCGCACUGUUACGGCAAGAGGUGAAGAUAUUGGCUCUCUCUUUCUGAUUCUUUUAGGGGAACCACUAGUCUGAAGAAAUAUAGACGUUUACUUUUUUCCCAUAGCUAGUUUCAUAAAUUAGGUGCUUACUAUUACUGCCAGUUUGUGUUUUUAUGUUAAUAUGUUUUUUAAGUGUGAUGUAUUUGUAAUUCAUCUGAGAUACUAGCCUUUGGCUAAUCUAAAAUCCGAAGUUAAAUAAAGUAAUGUAUGUAUGUAUGUAGAGGCAGGUUGCAGUAACAGUAACAGCUGAUGAAGUCAACUGAUCAGCUGAGUUAUAGUAUUGGCACAGAAAACACGUGAGUAAAGGACUAACUCAGAUAAACAGAAGAUUCGGUCAGCAUAAUCUGCAUGUCAUCAUCAUGCAUAGUCCAACUAAGACCAAAGAGAAACGUUCAAUCAGUAUGGGAACUUAAGUAUAUUGAGUAAAUCUUCAAAAGUUGGCAAGUUGUUUUAGUUGUAUCAAAUCAACCUCAAGUGGAUCAAACCAAUGUGAGAUAUGUAUAGAAUUAACUUCAAUUUGUAUUGAAAUGACUUGUUACUAUCAAAACGACGGGUUACCUCCAUAAGCAACAGCAGCCAAAAAUGUAAAAUGGUCUAUUGAGGUUUGACUGUAUUUCACACAAAAACUUAAUAUGAAUAGGGUUGAAUCAUGUACAUUGUAUGCAUAAUAAUAAAUGUAUGGGACUGAGUGGGAAUCUUACCACAUUAUUUGCAUUUUCUGUAUAAGUUAAUAUGAGGUUUUGUAAAACAGUGAGCGUCCUUGUAAGUGAUGUUUUUGUAAUUUUCAUUUUGACUGCUUUUAAUCUUUUCUAGAAAAUCUGAAGAAACUGUGGAUGGCACUGUCAGCAAGCUAGCAAGAACAGAAUGUAACAUAAUCAAAAUUAACAAAAGGCCUGCAACUUCACCUGAGUCAAUUAACAAAGGAAUAAAUUCAGUUUCUAUUAAUUCUACAUCUCCUACACUGGACUCUGCAUCUGGGCACAGAAACAGUUCAUUAAACAAUGCUUCUAAACCAAAAGUUGUUAAGUUGAACAGGAAAACAUUGGGACUUAACUUGAAUAAAUCCCUUGAGCCAGCUAUGGCAAAGGUGGAUAUUAAUUCAACUUUAAAUGGUGGAGCACAAAAGGUAAUAUACCUGAUCUUUAAGGGUUGUCCUUAUUAA